ACUGGCUUCCGGCCGCCUCCUGACGGUGGCCGCGGCCCUGAGCGCUGCGGGCGGUGGCGCGGGAGCCCCGCGGGGGGUGCGGGGAGCCCGCGGCGCGUACCCGGCCCGCGGCAGUACGGCCACAGCCGGGCUCCGCGCGCGUCAUGGCGGGCAGCGGCGCGGCCGCCCCGCCGCCGGCCUCCCCGCGCCCCGGAAGGAGAAGAGGGUGCUGGGAAGAUGGCGGCGGCGGGUGGAGGGGAGGCCCCGGCGGCCCCGGUGUGUGUGCUGGUCCUGGGCAUGGCCGGCUCCGGGAAAACCACCUUCGUGCAGCGACUCGCGGCGCACCUGCAUGGGCAGCGCUGCCCUCCCUACGUGAUCAACCUGGACCCCGCCGUGCACGACCUGCCCUUCCCCGCCAACAUCGAUAUCAGGGAUACUGUGAAGUACAAAGAAGUCAUGAAACAUGUCCAGAUAUGGGCUAGGCCCAAAUGGUGGAAUAGUGACCUCUCUCAAUCUUUUUGCUACAAGAUUUGAUCAGGUGAUGAAGUUUAUUGAAAAAAGACAAAAUGCAUCCAAGUAUGUUCUUAUUGACACACCAGGGCAAAUUGAGGUAUUCACUUGGUCAGCAUCAGGAACCAUCAUAACUGAGGCCUUGGCUUCAUCUUUUCCUUCAGUUGUUGUUUAUGUGAUGGACACCUCUCGCAGUACUAACCCUGUUACCUUUAUGUCCAACAUGCUGUAUGCCUGCAGUAUCCUGUACAAGACGAAGCUGCCUUUCAUUGUUGUCAUGAACAAAACUGACAUAAUUGACCACAGUUUUGCAGUGGAAUGGAUGCAGGACUUUGAGACAUUUCAGGAUGCCCUGAAUCAAGAGACAUCCUAUGUCAGUAACCUGACUCGUUCUAUGAGUUUAGUGUUGGAUGAAUUUUACAGUUCACUGAAGGUGGUUGGUGUUUCUUCUGUGGUUGGCACGGGACUGGAUGAUUUUUUUAUUCAGCUGUCUAAAGCUGUAGAUGAAUAUGAAAGAGAAUAUCGUCCAGAAUAUGAACGCCUGAGAAAAACACUGGAGAAAGCUCAAAAUGAACAAAAGAAAGAGCAGCUGGAACACUUACGGAAGGACAUGGGCAGCGUAUGUGCGCAGGGCAAAACACUUGCAGGGUCUGAUGAUGCUUCUGCAAUGGGUCCCUCUGAGCUGAUCCUAACACGAGGAACUCUUGAUGAAGAAGAAGAAGAGAGGGAGAGUGAUACUGAUGAUAUUGACCAUGAAGUUACUGAGGAGAGUCAUGAAGAACCAGCCUUCAGAAACUUUAUGCAGGAGACGCGGAUGAAAUACCAGAGAAGCAGCAACCCAAAUGAAUGAGACCUUCAGAAAGAGAUGGUUUGGAAUCCCUUAUAAUGGAGUUAAAAGUAAAGGAACAGCAUAAACUUGCAAGGAACCAUGCAUGAAGUCUUCUAUCUGUGAACAGCUUCAUCUGAUAUAUUUCUGUCUUUCUCCCUGCAGUAACUUUUGGUCAUACAAGUUGAAGGUCUUGUAAGCAACUGACUGUGCGUUUGGCCAUCUGCCACUAGGACUUCUUGAAGCUGAAGGAAGCAGAUAACACUUUCAUUUGCUCCAGAUUCUUUAGAUGUGCCUGUUGAGAGCAUCUAGAGUACUUUCUGGUCUCCAAAAAUGCGUUUUGUUCACCUUGGGCAGACAGGUGUCUGCUGCAGCCAGGACGCAAGUGAAAUCUCUGCUGCGUGAAAUUUCAUCAAUCUAGUGUUUGAUGUUUUGGUUUUAAUUAAAUAUAUUUUAUGUACUAACAAA